GGUGGACUGCGGCGCUCGCCAUCCCUUCAUCUGGUGGGAGGGGGCCGUCAGGGGAUCCGGUGGUGCGGCUCAAAUGUAGGGAUGGAUUCAUUGGUUGGCACCUAAACGGCGGAGAGUGACGGGGCUCUCCUCCGGUUGGGUCCAUCCAAGAGGGUGCGCAGGAAUGGAGGCGACGACGACGAUGAUCGAGGACCUGGAUCAGGAGGACGAGGACCUGGAGACAUGGGGGGAUUUGGCUCCCGAGCUUCUGACCAACGUGGUGGAGAGGGUGCAGCAGAGCAAAGGCCAAGCGAGGCGCGUGGUUGCAAUGGCCGGGGUUUGCCGAUCGUGGAGGAGCCAGAUCCUUGGCUUCGUCCAGCGGCAGGGUAGCAAGGUUGGGGAUUGGGCCGCUUCCGCCCCGCCUUCAUGCCCAGUGAUCGAGUUCCCGUGGAGACUGAUGCAGCCGGGGCCUCGGGGUCAUCAUCCUCCGAUCCAGUGCUUGCUCACGCGCAAGGGGAACCACUUUCUUCUGUACCAGACCCUCAUGAGCAGUGGUGUGGACGCGUCGGAUGCGGGUGCUCAUGGCGACCACAAGCACUUCCUCUUGGCUGCCCGCCGGAGAUGGCUCCCGACUGGAUUCUCGUACAUCGUCGGGAAGGACCCGCAAGAUCUCAUGGACAAGCAGGGCCCGGACACUCUUGGCAAGCUCAAGUCCAACUUUUGGGCGUCCGAGUUUGUGCUGUGGGAGAAGCAAGACGACGCGGAUGACGACGACGGCAAGACCAGCAGCAUUCCGGUGGUAAGCUUGAGAUUUGUAGAGCAUAUAGUGAACGGGAUCCGGCAGAGACGCAUCCAGUGCGCUCUCCCGCAGCCAUGCAAAGCUGGCGGCGGCCUCAGUUUUGUUCUCGAGAGGCGGAGGCUGAGGAACGAGCGCAGGCUGAUGCCUGCGUCGGUCAGGUCGUGGCUGCUCACGUGGAGCUGUGCUUCCCCAUAUGCUAGCUUCAAGAGCUGCGGUAGCAGCAGCAGCAACAGGAUCAGGCGGAGGAGUAGACGGUCGUCGAUGCUGGAGAUUGCUGCCACAAGCCGAUCGGCUGCGGCGGCGGUGGCUCUCCCUCCGGCUGCUGCUGCUUUGAUGCCGGUGAUGAUGCAAGCCGAGGGAGACGAGAGUGAGGUGGAGUCGGAGGGCUGCCAUCACCUGGAGCUCCGGAGCAAAGUUCCUGCAUGGGAUGCCCAGCAGCAGUGCUGGUCGCUCGACUUCAAGGGCCGAGCAACGAUGCCAUCCAUGCACAACUUUCAGCUGAUUAGCGCCGACAGCAGCAGCAACAGCAACAACAACAACAACAACAACAACACGAUAAUCUUGCAGCUGGGCAAGAUCGACAAGAACGUCUAUACCAUGGAUUUUUGCUACCCGCUGUCGGCGUUCCAGGCGUUUGCAAUCUGCCUGAGCAGCUUUGCCACUAGUGCGGGGCUUGAGCCGUGACGAGAGUUCUCGAGGCACAAACAAAGCAAAUAAGUAAAGCGUUUUGAGUUUGAGGA